GUGCACUAGGAGACAUCCAACAGUGGUGGUGGAGCUUUCACCAAAGCACAGUCCAAGGUCAAAAUGUAAGCAACAUUACUUUGGUAGGCAACUAUUUUAUUAAUUACCCAGAAAUUGAAAACAACAAAAAGGAAUAAAGGGACAGAAAAUCCCAACUGUCUUAGGAAGGGUUCGAUCGAUCAGUUGGGUGGAAGGAAGGACCCGCGCGUUUCGUAGAUUUCACUUGAAAUUCAGAAGGGUCUGUAUAUAAUGAGAAGGCAGAGGACCUUCUGCUUCCCAAGGCUUAGGCGAGUGUCAAUUGCCAAAAACGCAUCUGAAGCACGCUCAUCCUCCUCCUCCUCCUCCUCCUCCUCAGAAAUCGGCGCAGCCAUGGAAAACCCACAGACUAAUAUUAAUGCCAACAAUGUGGACUCAAAGAGAUUGAGUGAAAACGUGAUCUCAAACUAUUCAAGGAGUGAUCUUGCAGCUAAUAUCAUACUGAACCAUGACUUCUCUGGUGGGUUGCAUUAUUGGCACCUCAAUUGCUGUGAUGGCUUUGUAGUUUCUGCUGGGUCAGGUCAACCUGAAGGAGCAUUAGCAAAGCCAGGUGGUAGCUAUGCUGUUAUUACAAAUCGCAAGGAACACUGGCAGGGCUUGGAACAAGAUAUCACAAGCAGAGUUUCCCCAGGUUCCACUUAUAAUGUCUUUGCUCGUGUGGGAGUUUCUGGGCCUGUUCAAGUCGCUGACGUCCUGGCCACACUGAAACUAGAAUAUCAAGACUCAGAUACAAAAUAUCUGUUCAUUGGAAGAACUUCUGUAUCAAAGGAGAGUUGGGAGAAGUUGGAAGGCACAUUCUCCUUGUCAAAAGUGCCUAAAAGGAUUGUAUUUUAUCUGGAAGGGCCUUCUUCUGGAGUAGACAUACUCAUAGAAUCAGUUGUGAUCACCUGUUCCAGUCCCAGUGUGCAUGAGAGUACAAGAAUAGCAUGCACCACCAUCAAUGGAGAUGAGAACAUCAUAGUAAAUCCCAAUUUUGAUGACGACCUUAAGAAUUGGUCUGGAAGAGGCUGCAAGAUUCUCGUAGUUGAAUCCAUGGCAGAUGGAAAAAUUGUUCCACAAACUGGAACUCAUUUCGCAUCAGCAACAGAACGCACACAGAGCUGGAAUGGUAUUCAGCAGGAGAUCACUGGGAGGGUGCAGCGAAAGCUUCUUUAUGAGGUUACUGCCACAGUCCGGAUAUAUGGUAAAAAUGCCUCUAAUGGUGCUGAUGUUCGGGUCACUUUAUGGGUCCAAACACCAAAUCUCCGUGAACAAUACGUAAGCAUAGCAAGUGUUCAGGCAACAGACAAAGAUUGGAAACAGUUGCAGGGAAAGUUUCUGCUAAAUGGGUCCCUAUCAAGAGUGGUGAUUUAUUUGGAAGGUCCGCCUUCAGGGACUGAUAUCCUUGUGAACAAUUUAGUUGUGAAGCAUGCAGAGAGAAAACCCCCUUCCAUCCCACCCAUUAUUGAGAAUGCAUCUUUUGGAGUAAAUAUCAUUGAAAACAACAAUUUUAAUGAUAGCAUCAAUGGUUGGUUUCCCCUUGGUAAUUGCACUUUGAGUGUUGGAACUGGCUCCCCGCAUAUACUUCCUCCAACGGCAAGAGAUUCCCUUGGGCCUCAUGAACCUUUAAGUGGUCGCUGCGUCAUUGUAUCAAAUCGCACAGAUACUUGGAUGGGUCCUGCUCAGAUCAUCACUGACAAACUAAAACUCUAUUUGACAUACCAAGUAUCUGCUUGGGUUCGGAUUGGUCCAGGAGCAACUAGCCCUCAAAAUGUGAAUAUUGCACUUAGUGUGGACAAUCAGUGGGUCAAUGGGGGCCAGGUUGAAGUCAAUGAUGACAGAUGGCAUGAAGUUGGUGGCUCCUUCAGAAUUGAGAAGCAACCGUCAAAGGUUAUGCUUUAUAUUCAAGGUCCUGCUUCAGGUGUUAACUUGAUGGUUGCUGGACUUCAGGUUUUCCCUGUUGACCGACAAGCGAGGUUCAGAUAUUUAAGGAAGCAGACUGAUAAGAUACGCAAGCGUGAUGUCAUCCUAAAAUUAUCAGGAGCUGGGGCUGACAGUUUGGCCGGUGCCUAUGUUAUAGUCAGACAGACACAGAACAGUUUUCCUUUGGGGACAUGUAUAAACAGAACAAACAUAGACAAUGAAGAUUUUGUUAAAUUCUUUGUAAACAAUUUCAACUGGGCUGUAUUUGGCAACGAGUUGAAGUGGUACUGGACUGAACCACAGCAAGGAAACUUCAACUACAGGGAUGCUGAUGAACUUUUGGACUUAUGUAAAAGCAACAAUAUUGAAACUCGGGGUCAUUGUAUCUUCUGGGAAGUAGAAUACACAGUCCAGCAAUGGGUCAAACAAUUGAAUAAAAAUGAUUUGAUGAACGCAGUUCAAAACCACCUAACUGGACUUCUCACGCGAUACAAGGGAAAGUUCCGGCACUAUGAUGUGAACAAUGAAAUGCUGCAUGGUUCAUUCUAUCAAGAUCAUUUAGGUAAAGACAUACGGGCAAACAUGUUCAAAACUGCAAACCAACUAGAUUCAUCAGCUCUCUUAUUUGUGAAUGAUUAUCAUGUCGAGGAUGGAUGUGACCCCAGAUCAUCUCCAGAGAGGUACAUUCAACAAAUUCUUGAUCUACAAGAGCAAGGUGCCCCUGUUGGAGGAAUUGGAAUUCAGGGACACAUAGAUAGUCCAGUGGGGUCCAUCGUCAGCUCUGCUCUUGAUAAAAUGGGUAUUCUUGGUCUUCCAAUCUGGUUCACAGAGAUGGAUGUGACGUCUUCUAACGAGUACAUUAGAGCAGAUGAUCUGGAGGUUAUGCUUCGGGAGGCUUUUGCCCAUCCUGCAGUGGAUGGUAUCAUGUUGUGGGGAUUUUGGGAGCUGUUUUGCAGAGACAAUGGGCAUUUAGUGGAGGCAGAAGGUGAACUAAAUGAAGCUGGAAGGAGGUUCCUAGCUCUAAAACAAGAAUGGCUGUCCCGUGCGCAUGGGCAUUUUGAUGAACAAGGUGAGUUUGGAUUUAGAGGCUUCCAUGGGACAUAUGAAGUGCAAAUUUUAAUUCACUCAAAGAAAAUUUCCAAGACAAUUGUUGUUGACAAAGGGGAGACACCCCUGCAGAUACCUAUAGCUUUAUAAUCUCUGAGAGGCCGCUGCUUUUAGCAAAAUGAUAUUAAGGAAUAAGUCAAAUAACCGGCCUUCAUAUAUUACAUGUGAUGCUUCUAUGUAAAGAGAAAAAAUACAAUGCCCUGUGGGUUUAUUGGAGAUGCCUAUUCUCGUCAUAAAGGAUUGGAUUGUUGAUUGUAUUUUAACACAUGUAAAUGAAUAAAAAAGAUGUUCAUAUUGGUUGA